AUGACUGAUAAUCUCACUUCCAAGUCUCCUGGGGGUAUUCCCUCUGUGGCUCAUCGGCGCUCUGAUCAUCUGCAUAGUUGUCGUGUGGAGACUGCGGCCUACCUACUUGGGACCCAUCAAGAAUUGCCCGACAUCAACAACUCGGAUGACUUGGAAGAAAUUAACGGCACACGCGAUGCAGUUCAGUUAUGGUACUUGGCAAACUCAGCAACUUGCGCACAAUCUGAUUUGGAAAUCGAGAAAGUCGAAUUCCGAAUCCCUUUGAACACCACCAUAGCAGAUAGCAACAAAUGUACGACAUACGUGGACCACCUACAUUCCGAAUCAGACAAUCACAUGGACAUGUUCGACUCCAUGAGAGCCACAAUGGGCGUCCCGAAGACAUACGAGCACAUGGGGUGGUGCUUGUCUACAGCCCGCCGCACAGACCCGGUACAUAGGCUUUUAACUACCCAAGAUCUUGACAGUGCUUUCAAAGCUGCGAGAAUGGAGCAGAAUUCCGGCCGGAAGAAGAAAAAAGUUAUCAUCGAGAUUGUGCCUGGCAUGAGAGGAAAGUCAAAAAAACAACAAGCAGGCUCAGAUAUUGAGCGGAACUGUAUGGAGUCCCACACCGUUAUAUCCCAGGGCCUUCUGCCAUAUUCAAAGGAAUUAGAGAAUGAGUGGGCUAAAUAUCUGGACGACAUUCAAGAUCCAGACAACGCCUGCAUUACUCCAUCAACCACACCUCAUUUCGACGAGAUUCGACAGACGCGUUGGGGACGAAGUGUCGCGUCGUCACGGUCACUUCAGCGCGUACCCACUGAGCUUAUUUUGCCCAUCAUCCACAACCAUGUUCAUCUCUCACCUUCUAUCAACACUUCCAGCUUGAAUGGGGCACACUUCAUCCAACAAGGCGAAAGUCAAAGUUCUCUGAUGCCUCAACCACUGAAGAGGACUUUUGCACUUUACAUGGAGAGUGAUGAAGAAUCCGAAGAUGACGAGCCGCUGCAACAUAUUGACGACGUCCUCACGAGUAUCCAUCUUCACUACCCUGCGAUGAAUUUCCCUCAGUAUCUGGAUACCCUGAAAGAGCGUGGUAUAUUCUAUCUACCGACUGCAGCUCAUUUUGAUAUUAGCUUCUACGAGGAGAAGUCACAUGAAGGACAAACACGCGAAAGCAAGAAGGAAGGUCAAAGGCAAAAAAAAGGCAUGAGUGCAAACUGA